AGUGGUGCUGUUAAACGCAAGCAACAUAUUGUUAAUCCAAUCCAACCCGAAAAUAAACAAUAAAUAAUGGGCAAUCAUAAAGUUCUUCGAUCAGCGGGAAACAAUUUGCGCUAUUCGAUGUACGAGUUUAUUGACGCGAUACACAAACGUUCUAUUAUAUGGGAACGGAGCCACCCAAACUUCCAUAACCGCGAACUCAGAGAUGAGGCCUGGCAGCAAAUUGGGCACGAGCUUUGCGCGAAUUUUGACGACUCCAGCGAGCCGGAGAGGCAGGAAAUAGUUAAAACCCUGCUCAAACGUUGGAAAAACACGAGGGACAGCUACCUACGGGUCAACCGGCUACGUCAAAGUGGGGAGGAGGUGGCCAGAGCUUCCUACAUCUACGAAAAGGAACUGAGUUUCCUGCUGAACGUGAAAGCAGAGUCGGAGGACGAUGUAUUAUCCUUGAAAGAGCAACCCAAGCCUCAGGGCAAACGGAAGCGAGUGAGCACUGCCGCACUGAGAUCUGCAAAAACUCCACGAAAGAGAAACUCCGACCAGGAAUCGAAUAUUGACCCUGCCAUCCGUAAUCCAGCCAUUCCGGACAACAUAAAUAGGGUUUUGGAAGAUCUGGGCUGCGCCAAGGGGGACACCGCCACUCCGGAAAUCGCAUAUAUUCCACAUUUACCACCAGAUCCACCCUGCAGUACAAACACCGCCUACUUGUCCGCCGAUCCUGAUCAGGCCUUCUUCGACACAAUUAAGCCUCACAUGCAGCAGAUGUGCGCCGAUCGUAAGCUCGACUUUCAGAUCGAGGUCCUGAAAAUCCUACGCAACUUCAAGCCGAAUUGAAUAUUCACCAGUCAAAUCAUUUACAAAUGCAUUUACAAUAAGGGCAAAAUUCUUUUAACAGCAAGUUAACAUAGGCAAUAAGAACACAGUUAAUCGUUAUCGUACAUCGUCUAAUGUUUAGGGCGCGAAAUUUAAACACUGAACUGUAAUUUGUAAUUAAAUAUACAAACAAUAAUAUUCACAAACCAAGGGUUGAGCUUUAAUGCAACCAAUGAUUCAA